GCGGCCCCGCUCGAGUCGGGAGCGCCCUUCAGGUAUGAAGCGGCCCCUGAGCCCAUCUCCCCCAGGUGAGAAGGAGCCCCCCGUAUCUGGAGUUGCUGAGUGCCCACCUCGGCCCCCAGAACCACCUAAGCCCAAGCGAGAAAGAAAACGGCCAUCGUACACGCUGUGCGACGUCUGCAACAUUCAGCUGAACUCGGCCGCCCAGGCCCAGGUGCACUGUGGGGGGCGGGCCCACCAGAGGCGGCUUCGGCAGCUCAGCCUGGGAAAGACCCCCACAGGGCCAGCUGGCCCAGCCUCCAGCGCCCCCAGCCCCCUGCUGGCCUCCUUGCCCUUGCCCGCCAGGCCUCUGCAGCCCACGCUGGACUUCAAGCACUUGCUCGCCUUCCACUUCAAUGGCGCCACCCCGCUCAGUCUCUUCCCCAACUUCAGCACGAUGGACCCGGUCCAGAAAGCUGUCAUCAGCCACACGUUUGGGGUCCCCUCCCCUCUGAAGAAGAAGCUCUUCAUUUCCUGUAACAUCUGUCACCUGAGGUUCAACUCAGCGAACCAGGCUGAAGCACAUUAUAAAGGCCACAAACACGCCAGAAAACUCAAGGCUGUUGAAGCCGCCAAGAGCAAGCAGAGGCCGCAAACCCUGUCCCAGGAGGGGACGCUGGUGUCCCCAACCCCGACUCCAGGCAGCGACGCCCCGGGAGAGCCACAGAGCAAAGUUCCUGCAGCCCCUUCUCCUGGCCCCCAACUCCAGCCACCACUGACUCCAGACCCUGCGCCCAGGGAGCCAGCCCACUCAGACCUCUUGGAUGCUGCCUCCUCUUCCUCUUCUUCCUCCUGCCCACCCUGCUCCCCAGAGCCUGGGAGAGAGGCACCAGGGCCUGAGCCACCUUCGGCUGCUGUGGACAGCGGUGCGAGGGGGGAAGGCAGGAGCGAGAGGGGGCGCCUCUACUGCCCCACGUGUAAGGUGACAGUGAACUCCGCCUCCCAGUUGCAGGCUCACAACACAGGAGCCAAGCACCGGUGGAUGGUGGAAGGUCAGCGAGGGGCUCCCCGAAGAGGCCGGGGCCGCCCAGUGCCCCGAGGAGGAGCCGGACACAAGGCCAAGAGAGUGACAGGGGGCCGGGGAGGCCAGCAGGGGUCCAGUCCCCCUUUUCACUGUGCACUCUGUCAGCUUCAGGUCAAUUCAGAGACCCAACUCAAGCAGCACCUGAGCAGCAGGAGGCACAAAGAUCGCCUGGCCGGGAAGCCCCCCAAGCCCUCCAGCCAGCACAGCAAGCUGCAGAAGCACGCAGCGCUGGCUGUGAGUAUCCUCAAGUCUAAACUGGCCUUGCAGAAACAACUGACCAAGACACUGGCAGCCCGCUUCCUGCCCAGCCCGAUCCCCACCACAGCCACAGCCAUCUGUGCCCUGCCAGGGCCCCUGGCCCUCCGGCCUGCCCCUACAGCAGCCACCACCCUCUUCCCGGCUCCGAUCCUGGGCCCAGCUCUGUUUCGUACCCCAACAGGAGCUGUCCGCCCUGCCACAGGACCCAUCGUCUUUGCCCCGUAUUAGCCCCUGGGGGAGGCGAGGGCUGAUGUCCCAGCAUUCGCCCUCCCCUUCCAACUCUCUGCGAGAUGCCUCGGUUUCCUACAUCCCACUAGGGACCCCCUUUUACAGCCUAGGGGUUCUGCCCGAUCCAGGAGGAGCCGGCUAGUUUUAAGGGCAGCUGUCCUUCACAGAGUCUGGAGAUUGAACGAAUCCCCUCCCCACCCGCAACCUAAGGACCAUCCAUCCCCACCCUCCUUUCCCUGGCCUUCCAGGGCUUGUCUUGGCCUCCCCUGUCCUUCCCAGCCUGGCUUAGGGGGAGCAAACUGAGAAAUCCCCAAGAUCUAUGCAAAACCCUAGCCCCAGCCCCACGGUGCUCUCAUUUCCCCUACUCAAGACCUAUACUCACAUAGCAGAGGCCCUAGGACUCUAAACUCCUUCUAGCCUGGGUACAAGGCUGUGACCUCUACUCUCAUGCCCCAGGAAGGAGGCCCUCCCCAUUCACUGGCUUCUCUGGAGAAUCACGGGAGAUGAGGGACAGGUCUCAAGCUGGAGUGGAUGCAAGGCUAUCUGGACAGAGAUGGUGGAGGCGUGAUGGAAGUCUGUGGAGGAGAAAGGGGGCAAUGCUAAGGUGGGGCCAAAAGCUUUGGGGGCUUCAUCUGCUCUGACAGGAUGGGGCUAGGAUAGGAGCAGGUGAGGGGGAUGUUCUGGCUGGGCCGAGUUUUAAUAGAGGAAGUGAUGAAUCCCACAAAAGGACUCGCCUCUUAGCCUUUCACUGAUUCUGCCUGAACCCCAGCUCUUCGGAGGGGGGGACUGGGUCUCCCUCAGACUAUGGACCCAGCUAACACCGGAUCGCCCGCCCCCGAGGGCUCCCAAAGAGCUGUCCCCUCCAGCUCCUCACCCCAAACUGGUCCCUAGCACUCAAGGGGUUUCCUUCCUCCAACCUCCACCCCAAGCCCCCUCACUGUGAAGCUAAGCGGUGGGAAUCAGUCUGAUACACUCUCAAGACCCAUUUUCGUGCCGUCAAAGUUAAUGCCACAACC